GGAUGCGACGGUGUCGCGCCGAGACCUCUGCUGGGGACGCCGAGGCGCCAGCAGGUUCUGCCCAACAGCACCCGAUGCCUUCGGUAGCGCCAGCAGCGCUGCCGGUGGGAGACAACAUAUGGCGAGGUGAACACUGCAGGUCAAGACAACAUUGCAUUGCGAUUGUGUGCGGUUGUGUGCGUGUUGCAUCCAGGUAGCUGGAGCGACGGCCUGUUUAGCUGUUUUUCCGACUGGCCAAGCUGCCUCCUGGGGAUCCUGGGGAUCUUCUAUUUCUUGCCCAUUUUGGGGUACCUCAAGGUGAGCUGAAUGCGGAAGGAAAUCUCACUCCCCUCUCUCCAUUUGGUGGCUGUCUGUGCACUCACAGGCGUGGCCACUGGGGCAGGUGAAGAUUCUGUCGUUCCGCGUGGCUGUGUUGAUGUUCGGCGGCCUUAGUCUGGCCUACACUGCCAUCAACAUCUGGUCGACCACACAACACCCCAACUCCUCUUUCUACAGCCACAUGGGCCAAGAUGGUUUGUGGCAUUUCGGAUAUCAUGCGGAGCAAAACCCUGUGUGGCUCUUGCCCCUGUUGGCCAUCAUCAUCGUGUUGUUUGUUCUCAGUCUUGUCUACCGCACCAAGCUUCGCAGGUCAGUGACAGAAAGCAUCCAGAUGCUUUGGCGUAGAAUGACCAAUCAGCGGGUGUGUGUGUGCUGAUUGUAUCGUCCGUCCGUCAUGCAGGCAUUACGACAUCGAGGCGGGCGACAGUUGUGGCGACUGCUGUCUCCUCUUGUGGUGUUGGCCGUGCGCCAUCCUUCAGGAAUACAGGCAAGCCGGCGAGAAGCAGACACGAGGCAGAGGAUGUCCGUAAGUCCCCGCUGUGUUGCCGUACUCAGGCAUGUGUUGAGGGCCCGCGGGUUCAAGAAGGACAUCUUCCCGCCGGGUCUGGCUAUGGUCCCCGGCCAGAAAAAUGGGAUAUCAUACGUGUGCGUGCGCCCCCAACAGCAGACGGAGACUCAAGAGUAGUCAGUCCUGAAGGCCACGACGAGACGCCCAGUAUGAGAGAGUCAGAUGUGUGUUUUCGUGAUGGUAUUCUCUUGUGCGCGUGUGUCUGUCUACUGGCCGUCGAUGAGGUCUUGGGUUGUUCGUGCGUGACUUUUGAUUUGCGGGCAUGGUCGCCUCUCACUUGUAUAUGUGUUGUCACUGGAUGACAGGCAUGCACUUUUCGAGAAGUGUGCAAGAGACACACAGAUCGACGCAUGCCUGCGCAUACCCGUGUGUGUGAAUGUCUUUUUGUUUGUGCGCGGUCUGUGCUGCGUGUGUUGCCUUAGCUCUGCCUGGCUCGCGAUGGGAGCCAGAAGGUUCCUUGCAUG